UGCGGGGCCAAAUUCCCCAGAGUCCCAUUCUAGACGCCGUCGUAUCACUAAGCCUUGUCCCAAAAUUUUAUGGUUACUUGGGGCUAUAAAUACACCUCAACCUCCUCCCCUCAAUCUAUCUCACUAAGGAGUCACGAAUUAAGAAUCGACAGGUGAAAAUUGAUAUAACAAAUGGGUAAAAGGAAGUCAAGGGCAAAGCCACCCCCAAGGAAGAGAAUGGAUAAGCUUGACACUGUCUUCAGCUGUCCCUUCUGUAAUCAUGGGACCAGCGUCGAAUGUCGUAUUGAUAUGAAGAACUUGAUUGGUGAGGCUUUAUGCGGGAUAUGCCAAGAGAGGUUUAGCACUACUGUAACAGCUUUAACUGAACCCAUAGAUGUAUACAGCGAAUGGAUCGAUGAAUGUGAACGGGUUAACAACGUUGAAGAUGAUGGUGCUUAGGGCGUGCAUCAGAUGUUGAGAAAGUUCUGCUUUUACCUUAGAAGGAAUAGUAGAUAUGAGUUUUGUAACCUUCCACUAGGGUUGGUACACGAUUAUGAGGAGGUAGAAGAACCAAUAUCUUCAAUGAUGUAUAUAAUGCUUUUAAAGCUGUUUGAUAAAUGCAUUUUACGACGUAUUAUGCAUGUUGUAAGGUUACUGAAAAAAAGAUACUUUUCCUGUGGAUUUUGAUGUAGUUUUAUGUCAAUAAUCUGCAUUUAUGGAACAUUUCUCAAAGUGUGGAA